UCCUCUUCCUCCCGUUGCCCCCCCGUGUGUUCCCCUACUGCCAUUCCUCUGUCCCUCGACUCCGGCGACGACCUCCGUUCUGCCUCGAGGAUCCUAAUAAUUUCUACCCUCUCUCUCUCUCUCUCUCUAUUGUGGGGUGUCUCGAAUGGCCUCCAUUCCAUCCGUAUCCUUCGCCUCGCCUUGUAGGCAAGCCGCCGAGAGGAGGCCGACCCUUGCUGUUACGGAAGCAUCCUUCGCCCUUGGCGGAUUUCGAGCCGGAGUUCCUAGGCUCAGCUCCCGGAUGGUCGUCCGCUGCGUGGCUGCCGCAAGCUAUGUGCCACCCACCGUAUCCGAGACAAAAUUCAAUUUUCUCAAAUCAUACAAGCGGCCAAUUCCAAGCAUAUACAACACUGUGUUGCAGGAGUUGCUUGUACAACAACAUCUGAUGAGAUACAAAAGGACCUACCAGUAUGAGGCUGUUUCUGCACUCGGCUUUGUAACUGUUUAUGAACAAUUGAUGGAAGGGUAUCCGGACAGUGAGGAUCGAGAUGCCAUCUUCAACGCAUAUAUCCAGGCAUUAAAGGAAGAUCCUGAUCAGUACAGAAGUGAUGCAAGAAAGCUCGAAGAGUGGGCUCGAGCUCAGACUGCUGCUUCCUUAGUAGAGUUUUCAUCCAGAGAAGGAGAGAUAGAAGGCACUUUGAAAGAUAUAUCAGAGCGAGUGGAGGGUAAGGGAAAUUUUAGCUAUAGUCGAUUCUUUGCAAUUGGACUGUUUCGUCUACUUGAGCUGGCGAAUGCAACUGAACCUGCAGCCUUGGAAAAGCUUUGCGCUGCAUUGAAAAUAAAUAAGCGCAGCGUGGAUCGAGAUCUUGAUGUAUACCGCAAUAUUCUAUCAAAAUUGGUUCAAGCCAAGGAGCUUUUGAAGGAAUAUGUGGACAGGGAAAAGAAGAAAAGAGAGGAAAAGGUGGAAUCUCAGAACGCUAGUGAGACGGUUACAAAGUGCACAGGAGAUUUCCAUUUUAGCUGGAGUCUACCAACUCAUUGAUGAGGGGCUUAAACAGCCUUGUUAUUUGUGCCACUCUCUGGAUAAUGCAACUACCAAGAAAGAAUCAACUCAACUUAGUCCUCACCAACAAGAACAACAUCUCUAUCCAUGCAGCAACAGAUCAAAACGCAUUCUUGCUCCGGAAACUAUCUUCUCACUGCUGCUAAAGUUAGUUCUGUUUUGUCAUGGUGAUUUCUCUUCUUUUUCAUGUAUAAUGAAACUUCCCUUUCAGAGAUAGGAAAGUGGAUGAAAUCCCAAAUCUCUACCAGAACCAGAAAGUGUUGCUAAUGCACAAGUUUUGCUUCUAUUUUCCGCGUUCA